AUGAUAAACCACUAUCGACAACUUUUCAUCACUUUCAUUAUUUUCCAUCUAGCGCCUACUGCAAACUCUUGCUCUCCACUGCCACAAUUUCUAAACUAUAAUAAUUUUCACUUAUUGCAAUAUGCCGAAUGUCGAGGUGCCAAAGUAUAUGAAAUCCAAGGUAUUCAGGAUAUGGAUCAGUGCACACAAGCAUGUCGACAAUUCGGUUGUGCUGCUAUCAAUUUUUUCCAAUUAGGAGAAUUUGAAUUUAUGUGUGAAAUUUUAGGGACGGUUAUAGGUGUAAUACCAGCACAAGGUGCUGCAUGUUAUACUGCUACUUUUUAA